UGACAGUGGGCGCCCUCUAUCGCUCUAGCCGCUCGCAGUGGGUGGGAACCCAGGCUGGACUCAUUUAUAAAUCAGCCGGCAGCCUCGGAGCCCUCGCUGUGUGUCGGAACGCGGCGGCGAUGUCUUCAGCCCGCGCCCGCAUCUGCCAGUGCAAGAACGGCAGGGGUCUGAGCAGCAUCCUAUACAAGCUCCUGAAGAACGAGGGUCAGGAGCUCCCGCAAGGGCACUUGCCGCCGACAGCUCCGUCCGCAGUUGCGGCCAAGGUAUGUGCCUGCAGCGCCAGACGGAGAGUGGAGCUCAAGUGCCCUCACAUUACCUGCGCCGAAGCGUCCGCCGUGCUGGCCAAGACCCUGACAUUUAUAAAGAACGUGCCCUGCUUCCAGGCGUUGCCCAGCGCCGACCAGCUCACCUUGGUGAGGAGGUGCUGGGCGCCCCUCCUCGUUCUGGGACUGGCACAGGACAAAGUCGAUUUCGAAACCGUGGAGACCUCCGAGGCGAGUAUUCUACACAUGAUUUUAACCAACGGACCUGCGAACAGCCACAAAGAGAGCGGCGAAAAUCACUCACCGUCAGCGGCUGAGAUCCAGACCAUCAAAAGGUUUCUGAUGAAGUGUUGGAGCCUGGACAUCAGCCCCAAAGAAUAUGCCUACCUGAAAGGGACCCUUCUGUUUAAUCCAGAGCUUCCAGGACUACACUAUGUCGAGUACAUUCAAAGUCUUCAGCAAGAGGCACAUCAAGCUCUCAAAGAAUACGUGAAAAGCAUUUACAAAGAUGAUCAGAGUCGUUUUUUCAACCUUAUCAUUGCACUUUCCAUGCUUCGGUGCAUUAGUGCAGGUGUCAUUGCUGAACUGUUUUUCAGACCUAUUGGUAAUGUCGAUAUAGAUGACAAGUUGCUUGACAUGCUGUGUGUUGAUAGCGAAGUUCAAGCUACUAAGCAAAUCAGUACAUAGUAAAUGCUGAGUUGCUCGAUAAAAGACCAUGUAAAUUAUUUGUGUUUUUUGCAAAACGUAUUUUUGUAAAUUAUAUUGUAGAUUGUUAUUCUUGCACUUAAUUUGAUUUGCUAUAAAUAAAUCUAGCAGGUAUGAUAUCUAUUAAAAUUGAUUGAGCUCUUGUAAACUUGCUUAACUUUUAGUUAUGACAAGGUUAUUUCUUUAUAUCAACACAGGAAUAUGUGAUGUUUUGUAAUAUUAGCUCCUGGUUAUUUUCUGUAUCUAUUACCCAUCCUCUUUUGGAGGCAGCACAACAAUCCUUGACCGUGAUCUUGAUCCUUCAUUUCUGAAUUUCACGAAUGAAGUUAUUGUUGAAGAGGAUAAUGGACCGCUGUCAGAGAAUAAUCUGGUGUUCUUCCGGCCGUUUGAUUCAUCUUUUUCCAUACACUAAAAAAGAAUAAUUGCAUUAUAGGUCUAUUUUAUGACCUUGAGGUGUCCAAAGCUAUACACAGUUAGUCAAUGGAAAUAGAUGAAGCAUUCCAUUUGGUUCAUGUUGGUAACAGGGGCUGAAUUCAUUUAAUCCUAUUACCACAUAAAUUUCCAUGCUUCACUAACUUUUAAAUUGCGGAAUAUGUUGUUUUGAGAAAGAAACACACCAGUUUCAUAGUAGA